CCCCAUCUACCACUCCACCUCUCCCUGCGCUUCUCCUGAGUAACCAUGUCGUUCAAUGAUGACAAGGACUACUCUGCCCCUUUUGAAGGCCCCGAAAAAUUACUAGAAAUCUGGUUUGCACCUUCACCUGCUCACGUGCCAGAUGCACUUUCUCCAACCAAUGGCAGAAUUGGUCUGAGGAACGUCCCCAGAAAAGUAUGGGAGGACAUGCUUGAUAUCGUCAAGUGUAAAGUCCUCAGUUCUAUCGAAGGACAGGAAACAGACGCCUAUCUUUUGAGCGAAUCCUCGCUUUUUGUUUUUGCCCAUCGCAUCAUCCUGAAAACAUGCGGAACCACUCUUAACCUCCUUGGUCUUCCUCGCAUCCUUGAGAUCGCACGCGAAUAUGCGUCCCUUCAUUCUGUAUACCGUUGCUUCUACUCGCGAAAGUCUUUCAUGUUCCCUGAGCGCCAGCUUGGUCCCCAUAGAGAAUGGAAGGACGAAGUCAAGUUUCUCGAUGACAUCUUCCCAAAUGGUGCGGCUUAUACCGUCGGCAAAGUAAACGGCGACCACUGGUUGCUUUACAUAACAACACCUGGUGAAGGGUUUGCAAAUGGAGAGACUGUACCAAGUUCUCCCGAGACUAUCCCGUCGAUGCUCCUUCAGAAGAAGGGUGGCACGCAGGAGGAUGGCCAGGAUAUUUUACAGGCGGACAAUUCCGAACCUCAAUUCAAUCAAGAUUACACGAUCGAAAUUCUCAUGAGCAACUUAUCUCCAGAGGCCCGAGAGACGUUCUAUUUCUCCACUCCCCCAUCUCCAUCCGAUUCCGAGACGUCCUUGGAGACGUUUUCUAACACAGGACUGACACUGUCUUCUGCCAUCGGUGUCACUGAUCUGUUUCCCACUGAUCUAACCACGUUGGAUGCGUACGCAUUCACACCAUGCGGGUAUUCUUCCAACGCGCUGCUGAAAUGGGGGGGCCGGGGUGACACGGAGUCUUCUAGUAAAGGUGGUGAAGGAUAUUACACCAUCCAUGUCACACCCGAAGAAGGCUGGUCUUAUGCCAGCUUCGAAUGCAACGUGCCACUGUCGACAGCUCCGUUUUCCAAAGUGGAUGACAUUCCUGAUUUGAAAACGCUCAUCAGGCGUGUUGUGAACAUCUUCCAGCCUGGGCGACUUUCCCUGACACUAUUCAUAUCGAGCAUGAAUAACGGCAAUGCCGAGGAGGAGGAAAGCGAGACAGCGGUGGAAGCAGCGCAGAGGGCGUUUAAAGCAGCACUGUCAACCUGGCGCCCCAUGUCAUGUUCGUCUGAUGGAUCAUCAGACGGAGGGCAUGUGUUUGGAGACCAGGAGAGAGGAAAAAGAGGCUAUAAGAGGACAGACAAGAUCAACUACGAAUUUGGGGGAUACGAUCUGGCAUUUGCGUCGUUUGAGCUCCGUUGAGGGAAUUGGAAUUGGGGGUUUGGCAGCUUCCAAUCAAGUUCUAUCUAUUUAUUUUUUCGCUUUUCUGUGAUUUGUUUUUCAAGUUUACGUUUCCAGCGCCUAUGAAAGCAACAGGAAGAGAUUUUUGUAUUCGUUGGCGUGUUCGCAGUUGGCAGUUUUGUGUGAUCUUUGUACGAGUUUGCGGUGAAUAUUUUUGAUGAUUGUAUAUGAGA